CCAGGCUAGGGGCACUCGGGUCUGUGCCACCCUCCGAGCCAGACGGACAGCAGGACAGGCAGACAGCCGCCUCUCAGACCGCUGCACAUUAUGGAGGGUCUGUACAUCCAGCCCUUGGAGGAGGACAGGGCGGUUUUAGAGGAGGGAGGUGAAGAAAAUGGGGAGCAGGAAGAGGGAGGAAUGGAGGCCUCGUCUCCCACAGUUUCCACCACAGACGAGGAAACAGACGAGGAGGAGGAAGCAGAGCCCCCACCGGUCAUGCCCUGGAGGAGGGUGUCAUUCGCCGAUGCAUUUGGCCUCAACUUGGUGUCGGUUAAGGAGUUUGACAAUGUUGAAGUGACGGACCCAGAAGUCAGCCAGCCCCCUGAGAACGAGGCAACCCAUCCCUUGGAGGAGUACUACAUGUCCUGUCUGUUUACAGUCCCCUCGUCCCCAGAGGAGCUGGACCAGAGGCUACAAGAACAGAUGGUUGAGCUGGAAAGCAUCGAACUCCUGCCGGGGACCACCACACUCCGUGGCAUCAUCAGGGUGGUCAACCUCUGCUACAGCAAGUCUGUUUAUGCCCGGAUCACCCUGGAUCGCUGGAGGAGCUACUUUGACCUUAUGGCGGAGUACGUGCCUGGUUCCAGCGAUAGGAAAACAGACAGGUUUACCUUUAAGUAUACUCUGGUGCCUCCUUUUGAGAGAGAGGGGACCAGAGUGGAGAUCUGUCUCCGUUACGAGACGUCAGUGGGCACUUUUUGGGCUAACAACAAGGAAAUGAACUAUGUGCUGUUCUGCCACCAGAAAGUAAAUACAAAGGAGCAGGGGCCUCAAGUGCAAGAGGAGAGUAGCAGCUACAAGAGCAAGAGGAGCUGUCUUAGAGCUAACAGGAGGGGAGGUUUAGAGGGAAAGACCAAAGAGACCAGCGACACAUCAACAGUUGCUGCAGGAGCAGAGGCUGCACCUAAAGCGGAGGAGGCAAACAGAAAGGACAGCACAGAUGUACAAUCACUACUGUACCGUGAAGAACAGAAACCUUUGGUGGAUAGCAUAAAAAGCAGGAACAGAGCAGCACGUUUGGCACGUGUGCAAGACUACCUCUCCCAAAGCAGGCAGCAAGUACCACAGGCUUAUUCACAUGACUCAGCCAAUGGCCAAAAGGUUUCUCAGCCUUCGCCGACUACAUGGGGGGACUCUGCUGGCUCUCUCUUUAAACGGCAAAAGAAACAAUGUAGCGAGACUCCACAGGUGCUCACCUACCACCAGAUUCCUCUGCUUACACUGGACUGGAAUAAUGACAAAGCCAAUCAGUGGGUGGCAUCUGACAUGGAUGACAUGUGGACUGAGAGGGCUAAAAUGACCUUGUCAAAAGCGUCAGAGGAAAAUAUAGAAGAUACACCUCCUGUCAGUGAUACGUGGGAGACGUUUCUCAACGGUACAGAUGAUACUGCUGAUAAAGAAACCUCUGUGUGCGAUGUAUGGCAGGCAUUUCUUAAUGGGCCGAGCUGUACGGACCAUUCUGCUGUUCCAGAGUCAGAAUGGCUGCAGACAGCAGCCUCGGUGUCUCCCUCAAAUGAUAAAGAACCCAGUGCCCAAUAUGUAGCCAGCAGUCAAGAGCAUGAAAUUCAGGUGGGCUCGGAUACACCCACCACCUUCCAUGCACACACCUCAGCUGUAUGUCAGCAGCUGUCAGAUACGCGCGAAAUAUCAUUGGCUAAUGUUGCCUUUAACACUGACGACCACCAGCCAGCAGAGGCAUGUGUCAGCAGCCGGAGAGAUGACAACACAGCGACACAAGAUGCAUCCCAAAGGUCACAGACAAACUCCGUAACAGACACUCCGCAGGAAUUCUGCCUCAAGGGGGCAGCGCCUGUGUCCGAGGGCUCUGUUGACAGAUCAACUGAGUGUCAUGAGCAUGCGAUCUGGGAGCAAGAAAAAGAAGGAAUAACAGAAAGAGCAGAAGGAAUAGGAAGAGAUGAGCCCUUCACAGCACACACAGCAGACUUAGUAACAAGCUCAGGGGAGUCGGAGACAACAGACAUGACAGCAAUGCCAGAGUCUCAGAAUGCCACCGCCGUUGAUAGGAUCUCACAGGGAGCAAGGCUGGAUGAGGGUCUUUCUUCCAGCAGGGAAGGGGAGGUUACAGGUACUGCACACAAUGCGACGGAUGACACACUGGCAUUUAGGGGGACAAUCAGGCAGGGGACAAAGGAUGGGGAGAGGUUUGUCUUUUCCACAUACAGACAAGGAGUGGAGGAAGGGAUCGUGAAUAACUCCAUGGAAAAUAAAAUAUCUACAGAUGAGAUAUUUAGGCCACAGAAAACUGAAGAGUGUGAAAUCUCCCAGAGGUAUGCAGAUGAAAAGCAACAAGAGGAAUUCAGGCUGAGCCAAAACAGUGAAAAUCCAUUACAGGAGAAUGAGAGCAAUGAAAAUGAAAUAAGACCUGCACAGUCACAUGCAGAUGAAUCCAAUCCAAGCCAAAUGUGUGAGGAAAAUCUCAAGCAAAGCCAAAUACUGGCAAGUGAAUACACAUUGGAUGAAUCAGAGAGUGAAGAUGCUGCAUCAAAUAAAGACUUGGAAGCGUUCAAAAAGACAGAGGUGGAACUUUCCUAUUGUUCAGAAAGCGAAGAUACAAAGAGACUAAUUGGUGCAGAAUCAAGAAUUAUCCAGGUAUUAAAUGAGGAACAUAAUGACAAGGCUUUGCACCUUAAUUCAUUGUGGCAGAGGGGAAACACAUCAACAACUUCAGAAGUACAUAAUAAAGAGUCAAGGCCAAACCAAACAGUGGAAGAGAUGUGUAUUCAGAAAGAGGAGGACUCAACACAAAUUCAGGAAAAUGUACUAAAAUCAGGUAAAAGUGGCGUAGUCUCAAACCAGGAAGAGGAAGGAAAGAGCACAAGGAGUGAUGGAAUAACUGAACAACAAGAGGAAGUGACAGUAGCCCAUGAUACAUUCAGGCCUUUUCCAACACGUAUACUCAACCCAAACCCAGUGGAGGUGGUAGAAAUGAGAUGGAGUCAUUCACAGGAUGAUAUUAAGGGUCAGAAAGGGGACAGAGGGCAUGAAAUGGGUCCGGAAGAUACGGCGAACAAGAAUGUUGCAAAGAAAGACACUCCAACAGUACUUCAACACCAACCUGAGACAUUAGAAAGAACAGAGCAAGAUAUGAGUCAGAGAGACAAAGAUGAGAGGGUGAGUAUUGGAAAGCUGGAAAUAGAAGUGCUGGGGGAGUUGAGGGGUAAUGUGGAGAACCCUCAGGGGGAGAGGAAGAACGCACCAACUGAAUUGAAAGAACGAGAGUUGUCAGCAGAAGUUGAGAGCUCUCCAGGUGUUGAAUAUAAAAAAUUGUCAGAGGGAACAAAAGAACCCAUUACAGCAGAAAAUACUGCAGCACUUGAAGUGAUAGAGUCGGGAUUGGAGGAGAUGUUCAUAGAAAGAUUUGGGGAAGAUUUGGUCAGGGGGAUUUGGGAAGAGGUAUUUGGUCGGCAAGAACAGGCCUUUAAUAGAGACACAGAUAUUGGAAUGGGCAAGCUAGGAGAUGUACCUGAUAUUACACAAGACUGCCACGUUCUUUUUGAGAAAGACUGCGAUGAUGCUUUUGAUUCAGGUGUAUUUUCCUUGACAGAACUACCAACAGAUCCUAAUUUAAGUCUUUGUGAAGGCCUAGAGCAAACCUUAGCCACUAAGGGCAAGGGAUACUCCCCACAAGAAAGAGGUCACUCACUCACCACAGCAGAACAAACCCUGUCUCUGUCAGAAACACAGGCAGAUUUUAAUUCAAGUGCUCAUCUAAGUCAAGAUCUCACCCACAUUUUAGCUGCUCAGAGUAGGCAGUCAUUGACUGAAUCAGUCCAAAGCUCUCCAAAGGAUCAGGGCACUCAAAUAAAAGAAAGAUCAGUCUCCCGUCAGGAGACAGGUAGACAAAUAGAAGACCGUGUCGCCCACGGGGAGGGUUUUAAUCAAUCAGCCCACCCAUCCCACAAGCAUCCAAGUUCCUCCUCUGACAAAUUAAAAGAGUCCGAUAGAGUUGUAUGGUGGACUGUGUUAUACCUCCUCAGUCACAUCACCAGACUUCUAAUCUGCAUCGUCUUAGUUGCUGGAUUCUUUUUCAUUGUUUUCCUGUAUGAUUUCCCAGCAUUUGCGCUCUACGUAUUUUCAUUGAGCUGGUGGUUUUAUAAGUGGAAACAACAUCGAGUGACGACGGACAAAGGGAUGGAGGGAUAGCUUGAGAGUUAAGAGAGAAGGAUGGGUGUUAAAAACUGCUGUGUGUAGCAUUUUUAAACAUCAUCACUCUUAAAUUAAACGUAAUGCCUUCAAUAUCUUCGUACUGUUUAUUCAGACUGGUCAGACCAUUGUGGAGAUGACUGGAAGCUACAAAAAUGGUGCAAAAAACCCCAAAUGCUACACACAGCACUGUGUGUUUGAUUGUGUGUUUUCAUGUUUGGUUGUUUCUUUUCUAACUCUAAGUGAGUUUAUUGCAGUGGUGGCCAACUUUUUUUUGGCUUGUGACCUCUUGGGCAAAUGUUGGCGAGCUAUGUAUGACCAUUUCAAUCAAAGAGAGAUUUUUUGGGGGGUUUACUUGCUUCAUUUAAAAUAUUUAGAUGUAAGGAUGAAAAAAUAAACAUAAUUUGAUGCAGUAGAAAGGUAUUUUUAAACUUAAUUCCUCUCCCAUUAUGCCCCGUGGCUCUUUAAAUUUUUCUUUCAACCUCUUGUGAUGGUCCUAUACUCCAAAUUGGGAACCACUGUAUUAGUAAAUCAGGAGAGAUUUGGUCUUUCUUCAUAAAUCAGAUGUAUCUUUUCCAAUAACCUUGAAUUUAAUUGGAACACUAAACAAUGAAAUUUAUAGAAAAAUUCACCUGUUGUUGAAUGUUGUUAUUGCUGAUGUAGUGUAAACAGUUAUGUGUAUGAUGUGUGUAUAUUUGCAGUGUUUUAUGGGCCCAAUAUCACUUUACAAUACACCAAAUGGAACAAAGUAUGACUUUGAUUCUUGUAGACAAAGGAUGUCUGCAAUAGAGGGGCAUUGGAGAUUUGACAUUUCUAUUUCCUUGCUGUUCUUCAAUAAAAGAAAUUCAGAAAGAAACAACUUUUUUGUUCUUUUACAGCCUAAA